UAUUUUUUGGCCAGCUGGGGUGCAGACGCCGCAGUUUAAAAUAUGACAUGUCGUGAGUGUGAUGUGUGAACAGCAAAACAGUGUGCUUGAUCAAGAUUUCUUUGUAAAAUAAUUUACCGAAACGCUGCCCAAUUGUGAAAUAUAGUGUUAGUUAAUAUUUUUCUCCACUGGACUUAUUCUUUAAAAAUGAAAAACGGAUCAGCAAAAACUAAAAGCACUAAGAAAGCGGCCAAAGAAGCCGCAAAGAAAUCCAAAGAUGCUGGUAGCAUCAGCAUGAGAAAUGCCCUCGCAAUCCUAGUCACUAUAUUCGUAUUUUCGAUUCUUUCACUUACGUGUGUCUAUACUUGUUUCCCUGAAGUUGAAGAAUCAGAGAAACAAUAUAUCAAACUGCCCAGAGAUAUUGAGGAUGCAAAACAUCUUGGUGCUGUUCUUUCUCGUUUCAAGGAUAAGUACUAUUCCGAAGUUCUUGGAGGAGUCUUCAUCACUUAUAUAUUUUUGCAGACAUUUGCCAUACCUGGAUCGAUUUUCUUGUCCAUUUUGUCUGGAUACCUGUUUCCAUUUUAUCUGGCCUUGAUUCUAGUCUGCUUCUGCUCUGCAAUUGGUGCAUCUUUGUGCUAUUUGCUUUCUUACUUGGUAGGAACAAAGCUUGUGAACAAAUUUGCCAAAGAGAGAGCCCAGUCAUGGGCCCAAAAGGUUGAUCAACAUAGAAAUAACCUCCUCAACUACAUCAUCUUUCUAAGAAUAACUCCUUUCCUGCCAAAUUGGUUUAUCAACAUAACAUCCCCAGUGAUAGGCGUCCCCCUGGGCCCAUUCUUCUUUGGAACGUUUCUAGGCGUGGCACCUCCAUCCUUCGUUGCAAUUCAAGCUGGGACGACAUUGAAUCAGUUAACAUCAUCUAGCGAUACAGUAUCACUCAAUUCCAUAUUGAUUCUUGCGGCCUUCGCUGUGCUCUCGCUGCUACCGGUGUUGUUCAAGCAACAACUUCAAAAGAAGUUUAGCUGAAAACAACGUUAUCAUCACAGUUUGCUCCGUACCCUAUUAGACUGCAAUUUUAUGUUUGUUAACAAACUACUGUAUUUUGACGGGAGAUUCCAUUCGAACAAUGUGGUUUCUGUAUUGUGUAUUAAUAAAAACGAACUGACAUCCGUUA